CUCAUCCCUCCAUCCCGGCUCGGCUUCCUUCCGCCCCCUUCUUUCCCUCCUCUUCUCCAUCCCACGCGCUACACCCCUCCCAUGCUCUCCAUGGCCGCCACCGCGGACCACGACCACCACCGCCACCGCCUCGCCAACACCACCUCACCCCCGUCAGGCCCUCCCGCUCCCGCUCCCGCGCCGCUACCUCCCCAGCCGCACCCGCACCCGCACCGCAGGAGGCUCCACAGCUUCUCCUUCCCCACGCUAAGCUGGGGCACGCACCGCCUCCUCCGCUGCGCCAACAACCCCGCCUCCUCGCCCCCGCCCCCGCCCGCCGCCCCGGACACCCCGUCCCCGGACAAGGACAACGCCCGCCCUCCCGCCGCCGCCGCCUCGACCCAGCAGCGGCCCUGGAACCUCCGCACCCGCCGCUCCGCCACCGUCGCCCCGCGCGCCUUCGACGCGCCCGAUGCUGCCGCGGCGCCGGAGCCCGCGCGCCAUCCGGACACAACAACCAAGCGCGGCUUCUCCCUCGUCCUCUCCAAGGAGGAGAUCGCCGACGACUUCGCGCUCUUCCGCGGGACGCGCCCCCCGCGCCGCCCCAAGAAGCGCCCUCGCACCCUGCAGCGCCAGAUUGACUCGAUUUGCCCGGGAUUCUGCCUCGCGGACGUGACGCCGGAGACGUACAAGAUAGAGGAGAGGUAG